GUCCAAUUUGUUUCAACUCUUUUGUGAAAACACUAAUCCACCUUCACGCUACAUCCGCACUCUGGACACCCUCUCCCUUCUUCCAUCUCCAGACGUUGCUGCGCCUAUUAUUGCCGUUGGUCAAGACGCAGGCACUGAAGAGGAUAUACUCAUACCUAGGUAUACUACUGCCACUGCGUACACACCAGGUCCCACUGCCUACGCACACGCACACGCUGACGCUGCUGCGACACCGCGAUCUGAUAAGAUUAAUUCACGCUCCCAGCGUCAACAGCCUAGGCCAGUACCGCACGACAAAUCAACACUCCUUCACCUUCACCUUCACCCCUGACGCGUAAGACACUGACACACACCACCAACACCGACACCACCCAGACCAAAUUAAUUAAAAAAAAAACAUCUCCGAGAGUCCGAUCUUCCACCUCUCCUCCACCUCCAUGGAAUAGAGCACGAAUGUCCACAGUCGAGUAACUUCUACACAAUCAUUACUACCAGCCCCAGCUCCCGCGCCACACCACCAAAAUUUCGACUCCGAUUGUCCUCUCCGUCCGACCCAUUUUGUCGCAACGACAGCUACGACAGAGCCAUGGCCAGCUCUCCGCCAGAGUCGCCGGCGAGCGUACCCUCACGGCCGUUGAGCGCAAUGAUGCGUCCACCAAGAACAAAUAGUCGCAUGAGCAUGACAAGCAAGACUGGCGGAAGUCGAGCAUCUGAUGAGGAUAGCAGAACGGCUGUCAAAGUUGGUAAGCGCGUUUCCCACUCUAUGACAUCUAAAGUCCAGAUUCUAACGAUGGCCCCCCAGCUGUUCGUGUACGACCGCCACUCAAAUCCACCGACCCGGGGUAUGAACUCAUUCCACAAAGAUUCCAGCGAUCCAUGGUCCAGGUUACCUCGCCGACAAACCUAUCCAUUGACUCACCACAAGGCCGCAAAUUAUUUGUGUUCGACCGAGUUUUUGGUGAAGAUGUAGAUCAGGAAGGGAUUUGGGAUUACCUAGUUGAGAGCACCAAUUCAUUUGUACAAGGUUACAAUGUAUCCAUGCUGGCAUAUGGCCAGUCUGGCGCCGGAAAAUCGUAUACCAUGGGAACCUCUGGUCCGGGGGAGCAGGACGAUUCAGAUGUGAUGGGUAAGUGAAAUACAGAAUUAUGAAAUAUCCCAAUCCGUUUCUCUGAUAGGCAAGAUGAGUCGGAAACUAACGUAAAUCUGCUUCUAGGUGUGAUUCCACGUGCGGGCAUGGCGCUCUUCGAGAAGCUAGAUGGCGGUCGAGCACCCUCGUCUAGUAGUCGAAAUUCUGGAAUUCGAAGUCCCUUGAGAUAUUCCAUGAACGCCGCUGGGGGUUUGCCAAAAGGAACAGAAAAGAAUUGGACCCUGAAAGCCACCUACGUCGAGAUCUACAACGAGCAAUUACGAGAUUUGUUGCUCCCAGACCACACCCCUCUAGGCGAGAGAGGACAAGUUGCCAUUCGAGAAGAUGUGAAAGGCCAUAUUCUUUUGACGGGGUUGCACGAGAUUGAGAUCAAUUCGGUGGAAGACCUCAUGAACGCCCUAAACUUCGGAUCCAGCAUUCGACAAACGGACGCCACCGCUAUCAACGCCAAGUCGUCACGCUCACACGCUGUAUUCAGCUUAAAUCUCGUCCAACGUAAGAACAAGUCACAAACGGCGACACCAAAGGCCGAGCGGCGAUUAUCUGUACCUUUGGAAGCAAUGACUGGUGGAGAUUCCAUGGUCACAAUUGACAGCAAGCUCCAUUUUGUCGAUUUGGCCGGUAGUGAGAGAUUGAAAAAUACGGGCGCCAUGGGAGAUAGAGCCAAGGAAGGAAUUUCCAUCAAUGCUGGCCUAGCUAGUCUAGGAAAGGUCAUCUCGCAAUUGUCAGCUCGUCAGGCAGGGGGUCACGUAUCUUAUCGCGAUUCUAAACUUACGCGUCUACUGCAAGAUUCUCUAGGUGGUAAUGCCAUCACGUACAUGAUUGCUUGUGUUAACCCCGCAGAAUUUCAUCUGAGCGAGACUUUAAAUACGGUCCAGUAUGCACAGCGUGCUCGAGCAAUCCAGAGCAAGCCACGCAUCCAGCAGGUGUCGGACAAUGAAGGAGACAAGCAGGCUGUGAUCGAUCGCUUAAAGGCUGAGGUUGCCUUUUUGCGCGAGCAAAUUCGAAAUACCGAGCGUUCAGGAGAUCGGCGCCCAGCCGCCACUAGUGAGAGACCCGAGCGACAAAAUGAACGCGAAAUGGAGCUUCAAAAUCAGCUAUUAGACACCCAGGAAAACUACACUACUUUAAGCCAGCGACAUGCUAAGCUGAUUUCUGAGAUGGCCAAAGCCCGUGAUGGCGAGAUUGCUGACAGUCAAAACUUCGAGGAUACCCUUGGUGAGAGUGCAACAGAGCGCCUGAAACGAUCAAACUCUUUUGCCGAAGCCGUGGAACAAGUUGUGUUGGAGUACGAAAAGACGAUUCAAAGCUUGGAGCAAUCACUGUCCAGCACACGAGGCUCUUUAUCUAAUACAGAAACUGCUCUUCUUGAAAAGGAGACGAAGUGCGCCUAUGCGGAGACGGUCAAUCAACAGUUGCAAGCACGACUACAGAAACUCCUGGAUCGAGAGGCUAACAACGAGACUUACCUUCACGACCUGGAACAAAAGUUGCAUGGUCACACCUCAGGCGAUGAGAAGAAUUCAACAAUUAUGAUGGAGCUUCGAAAGGAGAUUGCUCGUAUCCGUGAGAAUGAGGCAACCAACGAAGACUAUAUCUCGACCUUGGAAGAGCGCCUGGCUGAGGCAGAUCAAGAUGCUGAGUUGAUGCAACGUGAAAUUGAUCGACUGGAACAUGUUGUCGAGCGUCAACGCAGCUUGGGCAAAUUGGAUAAUCUGUUAUACGAGCUAGAUCACAUCCAACAAGAUGGUAAGAUGCCGGAAUCCGAACAGAAGCUUGUCAACGGAAACAGCAAGCUCAAAUCCGACGAUCAUUCUCGCCAAAGUCUUGUAGGCCGUCCAAGCCACAAGGACGUCAUUCCAGAGGAAGAUGAUAACCAUUUUGAGGUAACUGUAAGAACCGCUGCCGAAGGACCUGUAGAUAAUGGUGAGUCUAUCGAGACCGACUUAACCGAACCCGCUUCAGAAGACUCCCAAAGCAACCAGCAGUCUCUCCAUAGCCCCGCACAAUCGAAGUUUGUGGAAGAUAAACUGGAAAAUGUUACACAGGAGCUAUUUGACCUCAAAGUAGAGCACGAGUCCACUGUGGAUGAGUUCCAAGUUCUUCGCGCCAAGUACGAAGAAGCUCUUCGAGCCAUUGCGGAUCUUCAGGACGAAAAGCGACACCCCGCGAACAAUCAUCGGGAUUCGAUGCUAUCCUUAGCAUCCCCAACACUGACGAGACCCAAUUCUUUUUUACCCGACGCGAGGGUGGACGAGCUAAAGGAUGGAGGACAAUAUUCAUCCUCGCGAUCUCUCUCAUCGGAAUUGUCCUCGGCUGGGGAGUUGCCUGGUACAUUGACGGAGGAAACUUAUCCAGAGAACGUCAACAAUAAAACCGAUUCGGAUGGGCUAAAUAAAGAUGCCAAGAAUGAAGAGACGAUUGCGGUGGAGCUUGAGAGUUUGAGGGCGCUUGCGCAGGAAACGGAGCAAGCUCAAACACAAUUGAUAGAGAAAUAUGCCAAGUUGGAGGAGGAGCAUCUGGAAGCUCUUGACUUGGUGGAGGAGCUCAAAACGGAUCUGUCCAAGGCUAGACAGAUUGAGAGCAACUCUCCGCGCGCAGCAACCCCAGUCAUUCGUCGCAAAUCAUCUCAGAAUGUUAUGAUUAUCGACAAAGCUCAUCGGGCGUUUGCUUCGCUGCGUAACAUCGCCACUGAGAGCUUUGAAGACAGUCCAGACGUCAUGGCGAACUUUGAGCUUAAUUUGAACACCGCGAUGCAUGAGCUUCACUCUCGGUCUGAACGUGUCCAAGAGUUGGAAGCCGACAUUACGUCAGCGAGAAAAGAAAUGGAAUCUAAAAUGACCAUCAUUUCUGGUUUGACCCGCGAGCGAUCUAGUAUGGCUUCCAAACCUAUGGACAUGUCCGUAGUCUCUACCAUGCGGGAUCAAGUAUUGCAAAGUGAGAACCAAAUGCGGAUUCUCCACGAACAGCAUGCCACCCGGGAGAGGGAGUUGCAGGCUGAGAUUGACUCGCUCCGAGUUUCCCUGGACGCUCACCCCAAAGCUACGGACGUGGGUAAAUCUGUUUCAGAGGAGCAAGCUGCUCUCAACGAGGCUCAUGACAAAAAGAUUGCGGAGUUGGAGGCAGAGCUCUCAGGUUGGGAAGGGAGACACGCAAACGCCUUGUCAUCGAUGCAGACUUCCGAGAAGCAGUUGUUGGCGACCGUCGCCGAUCUUGAAAGCCAAAUUUCUAUGGUAAAGGAUGAUCGCCAACAACAGAAGCAGGUUGCCGGUGAUAAAGACGAAUUCGUUAGCAAUUUACAGAAGGAAAUUGAUGAGCACAAGUCUUCCUUGGCCACACAUUCCGCCCGUGUCGCAGAGCUUGAAGAGUCCCAUUCCGCAACCCUCGCUCAACUGGAGGAGGCAAGCAAAUCUAGAGAUAUGGCAAAUGCUGCAAAGGAGGAGCACGAAACACUUUUGGCUAGUCUCCAGCAACAGAUUGAAGAUCAUGAAAUGGUUGUCAAGGCUCAUAAAGACGGCCUUGAGAUCUUGCGGGCCAACCAUGCAUCUGAGAUUCAAACAAUGAAGGCUGGAUUUGACGCAGACCAUCAAGAACGAAUUGCACAGCUUUCUUCGAGACAUCAAGCGACUUUAGAAAACAUGCACCAUGAGCUUGCGGAGGCUCACGAAGGUCUUACCAAGAUUGCGACUCAAGUUGCUUUCGCCCUCGGACUAGAUGUUAGUAUUGAAAAGUUGGAGGAACGAAUUGACGAUCUGGUAGAAGACAAAAAAGCUUUGGCCGGUGAGCAGAAGAAACGUGCUGAGCUGGAAAUGCAUGUUACUGACCUCUCAGAUCUCAAUGAUUCAGUUGUGACUGAACUCGACUCUGUCAAGGCUGAACUUGCUAGCUUACUGGCUGAGACUCAGGAGGGCGCAAGAUUACGAGCAGAACACACAACUGUCUCUGAUCAACUCGCCGCUUUGAAGAAGGAGAUGACCAAUCUCGAGAACAAGAACAAGAAAAACUCGCGUUUGGUAGAUGAACUUGAAGAACAACUAGCAUCCAACUUUGAUCAGCACCAGAUUGCCAACAAUCGACUUUCUACCUUGCAAACGGAGCGAAAUGCUCAGUUGGACGAGGCCAACGCCAAUGUGGUUCGUGCUCAAACAGAACUCCAGGCCAUCAAGGAGGAAUACGCCACUCUUCAAGCAAGUUAACGGUUUUGGACAAUCGAAGUAUACAAAGCUAACAGUUUUAGGCAAAAUUUGGCGACCUUGGAAUAGACCCCGACAACGCCCCCAACCGUUCCAACUCCAACUCUGGUCCAGUUCUCAAAAAGUCCUCGUCAGUUGUAACUUUGCCGUCGCCACCUCCGGCUAUUCCAUUGCCCCCUCUUCCGGGUGGAAUGAAUGCGGUCCCACAGACACCCACUCAAGGCAACCGACCAAAUAGCAAAGAUGUUGCUCUAUCUCAAAUCCAGGAGGAUCAAGAAGCCCGAAUCCGUACUAUUGAGAAGCAUCUAUAUGCUGAGAAGCAACUUACCACCACUCUGGAAGAGGCUCUCACCGACUUAGAACGACAGAGCAACAAAGUCAAAUCUGAUUGUGACGCAUGGCGUAGACGUGCAAACGAGCUUGAAGAAGAGUUGAAGGUGGCUCACGAGAAGGUGAAGAAUGCCGACAAUGACAAGCAGAACCGCUGGAGCAUGCUUCAGGUCGAGGAAGAGCGAAAAAAGAGACAAGCUGCUGAGGUCGCCCGAGCCCAGUUGGAAGAGCGAAUGAACGCCAUUAGCAAGAAGAGCAAGAAGAAGGGAAGCCUCAACUGCUUUUAAACCCUAUUUUGCAAUGCCUUUGGCACCAGCGUCUUCUAAUCUUGUCCCCAGCCUUACUUGAAUAGGGCACAAUCUGGUUCUUCUGAACACACGGCUUUUGCGACGAUCUGAAUUUCAAUACACAUUUCCUUGCACUUUUCCUUCUUAGCACAUAAUUCUACUACCAUGAUACAUACCUACAGGAUUUUAAAUCUUGGUGGCGACAUCGGGCGGAAUAUUUGACGAAAGCAUGUUUCCUUGGAUUCGAUGGGCUCGCUGUAUUCAUGUUUUUGAUUUUCGUCGUUUGCCUCGAUUUAGCUUCCCUUUUUCUUUUGUUUACGAGCGAGAUACCACCUCUUUUUCGCAGGUUCUUUUUCGGCGCUGGAGCGCUACUGUGUUGUUUGUUUUGUCUCUUCUCCUUGCACUAAUUCCUUUGUAACUAACGAUUGACGGAGAGCUUCUUUUACCUCUCAUUUGAUGAGGGGUUUUUCUAAUGGGAGGUGGGCAAAAUUACUUUUGCGUUUCUUAUUAUUAGUCGAGUUGGAGCACUGGCUAGUGAGCUUCGGGGGGUGGAUGAAGAAAAUGAAGAUGGCCAUAGAAGGUGUCAAGAAAGGGGUAUAAAGAGGACCAAGCCCGAUGAGCCAUUAUGGAUUGAUGCUUGCAUGAUUCAUAUGGACCGAUUGCGGGAAUGGAGGGAAAGGGCUGGGGAGAAAGUGGAGGGGUCUAUGGAAGAGGGCCUCUUGUAGGUCGUAGGAGAUGUGAUGUGAUAUACCAAUAGAAAUGAGAUAUUUCGACCUUUCAGUGUG